ACUUGUAUUAAUGGGUGUGCGUUGCGAGCUGAACCUUCGUGUGGCAUUCAUACACUGGAGCGAAGGGAGUUACCGUGGAAACGGGGCGGCACCAGGAACUGACUAGCAGUAAGCUUUGUUUCUCGCGGUUUUCUUCAGUGUUUUCAGUUGCACUGAAUGUGAAACAUGAGUUCUGAUGCAGAUCAGGUGGAGGGAGGAUUUUCCUCCAACUCUGAACACAUCAGACCACACCAAACAGAGGCUGGAGGUGACGAUGUGAAAUCCCAAAAGAAACCAAACAUGACUGAGGUCUAUAAAUCAAAUCUGAGGAAGAAGUUUGAGUGUUUGUGUGAGGGAACAUCACAUGAGAGAAUCCCAACUCUGCUGAAUGAGAUCUACACAGAGCUCUACAUCACAGAGAGUGAAAGUGGAGAGAUCAGUAAUGAACAUGAGGUGAGACAGAUUGAGAGACAAUCCAGGAGAACAGCAACAGAGGACACACCGAUCAAAUGCAACGACAUCUUUAAAGCUUUACCUGCACAAGACAAACCCAUCAGACGUGUGCUGACAAAGGGAGUCGCUGGCAUUGGAAAAACAGUCUCUGUGCAGAAGUUCAUUCUGGACUGGGCUGAAGGGAAAGAGAAUCAGGACGUCCACCUCAUAUUUCCACUUCCUUUCAGAGAGAUCAAUCUGAUGAAGAACCAAACACUCAGUCUUUUACAUCUUCUUCAUCUUUUCUUCCCUGAGACAAAAGAAAUGGAAAUCUCCAGCGGUGAAUAUAAAGUGUUGUUCAUCUUUGAUGGUUUGGACGAGUGUCGCGUGUCUCUGGAUUUCCACAGCAGUGUGAGGUUGUGUGAUGUCAUUGAAUCAGCCUCAGUGGACGUGAUCCUGACAAACCUCAUGGCGGGGAAUCUGCUUCCCUCCGCUCUCAUCUGGAUCACCUCCAGACCAGCAGCAGCUGAUCUCAUCCCCUCUGAGUGUGUUGAUCGAGUCACAGAGGUACGAGGCUUCACUGACAAACAGAAGGAGGAAUACUUCAGCAAGAGAAUCAGUGAUGAGAGUCUGAACCACAGAAUCAUCUCACACCUGAAGUCAUCCAGGAGCCUGUACAUCAUGUGUCACAUCCCAGUGUUCUGCUGGAUUUCAGCCACUGUUCUAGAGAGAAUGUUGAGUGAAGCAGAGAGUGAAGGAGAGAUCCCCAAGUCUCUCACUCAAAUGUACACACACUUCCUGAUCAUUCAGACACACAUCAAACUUCAGAAGGACUAUGAGAAGAAAGAGCAGAAUGAUGAAGACAUGAUCUUCAAACUGGGCAAACUGGCCUUUGAGCAGCUUGUGAAAGGCAAUGUGAUCUUCUAUGAUGAGGACCUGAGAGAGUGUGGCAUUGAUGUAGCAGAAGCAUCAGUGUACUCAGGAUUGUGCACUCAGAUCUUCAGAGAGGAGUUUGGCUGGUAUCAGGGGAAAGUUUACUGCUUUCUUCAUCUGACCAUUCAGGAACAUCUCGCAGCUCUUUAUGCUCACAUCUCUUUCAUAAACAACAACACAGAUGUGUUCAAUACAACUACCCAACUAACUCAAGGAGAGAAGCUUUCAGUAUCUGUCAUGUUACAGAGAGCUAAAGAUAAGCUUUCAAUAUGUGACCUGCAUCAGAGAGCUGUAGAUGAAGCUCUACAGAGUAAAAAUGGACAUCUGGAUCUUUUUCUUCGUUUUCUUCUGGGUUUGUCGCUGGAGUCUAAUCAGAAUGUUCUACAGGGUUUCAUGACUCAGACAGUAAGAAGCUCUCACAGCAAUGAGAAAACAGUCGAGUAUAUCAAGAAGAAUAUCAAGAGCACUCGCUCUCCAGAGAAAUUCAUCAAUCUGUUUCACUGUCUGAAUGAACUGGGAUAUCGUUCAAUUGUAAAGGAAAUUCAACAUCAUCUGAAAUCAGGAGCAUUAAGUGAAGUCAAACUCUCUUCAUCUCAGUGGUCAGCUGUAGCCUUUGUGUUGUUGACAUCACAACAGGAGCUGCAUGAGUUUAAACUGAAGGAAUUUGUUCAACAAAACAAAGCUGAAAAUCUCAAAGUUCUGAAGAAGUUGCUGCCUGUGAUUUGUGAAUCCAGAUCAGUUCAAUUGAGUUAUUGUAAAAUCACAGAUGAAGGUUGUGCUGCUCUGUCUUCAGCCCUGAGAUCAAACCCCUCACACCUGAGAGAUCUGAAUCUGUCCGAGAAUAAAUUAGGAGAUUCAGGAUUAAAGCAGAUCUCUACUGUACUGGAGAAUCCUCACUGUAAACUGGAGAAACUGGGGUUGUGGAUGUGUAAUAUCACAGCUGAAGGUUGUGUUGCUCUGACUUCAGCGCUGAGAUCAAACCCUUCACACCUAAGAGAUCUGGAUCUGUCUGGGAAUGAUGUAGGAGAUUCAGGAGUGAAGCUGAUCGCUACUGUACUGAAGAAUCCUCUCUGUAAACUUUAGACACUGAAGUUGUGGAAGUGUAAGAUCACAGAUGAAGGUUGUGAUGCUCUGACUUCAGCUUUGAAAUCAAACCCCUCACACCUGACACAUCUGAAUCUGUCUGGGAAUAAUAUAGGAGAUUCAGGACUGAAGCUUCUCUCUGAUCUUAAAGAUGAUCCACAUUAUAAACUAGAGACAGUGUGGCCUGACAGAUGAGUAAGGUGUGUGAUUAAAGGUGUCUGUGUGACACACAGUCAACACAGACUGAAGACACAAUAACACCUCACACUGAUAACACUGAUAAUCCACACAUUCAGUUUAAUAAUCCAGUGAUACUGUAGUCUUGGGUCUGAAGUUUAAUGUGACAAUACAGUCUAGAAUAGUGCAUAUAUAGUGUGUGAUUACACUAAGAAAUGAACAGACAUGUACAUAGAUUAUUAUGUGGGUGACACACUUUAAUCAACAAAUAAAACAAAUAAAUUCAUCUGUCAUGACAUGACAUUGUGUGUGGUGCGCAGUGGCGCAAAAAUGGGGUUUGCAGUAUAUGCGGUGCAUGGGGCGCCGCACAAGGGGUUUUCUUAAAGUUUUUUUUAAUAAAACGUUUAGCUGUUAAAUCUCCCACUAUCACGCAUAUGCUAGUUGUCGGGUUCUUCAUUAAACGUCGGACGCGUUUUCCCAGGCCCGUGUUCUUUAUAUAACGCGAUCAGAUGCGUCCUCUGCAAACAGCGCGCAGCACAGAGCACAGGAGAGAUUGCGUGAUGAUUGACAUUAUGACAGAAACAAGAGCGCAAAAAAACGUUAAAAAAUAAUUUCUUCGUUCAAUGUAAGUGAGUUUGUCUUUGUUUUACUGUAAUGAUGUGUUUUCAGAAAAUGUGAACCACAAACUAAAAAUGUUUUAAACGGUUCUCUAAUUGAAGGGGGGCUGGGGGGCUCCGGGACCCCCCAUAAGGCAUUAGGGAUCCCCCAUAAGAGGUAAAAAAUAGACUUAGGGGGUCCCUCAGAUAUUUUUAUUUGAGUAAAAAUGAUAAUGACAAAUGUAAUUAAAGUCAUGCAAUGGAUAUGGUUAAUUUCGUGAACUAAUUAUUUACAAUAAUUUAUAUUAAGUUUGUUUAUGGGCUAGUUGUCUUGUCUAUUUACAUUUUAAACGCCCCGCCCCACGUCUGAAGACCGCUAAGCGCAGGACAUAGUUGACAUGACUGCUUGAUAACAAUAAACCUCCACUCGCAGUCGGGAAGAGAAAGUCUACUAGUUCUUCUUUUUUGAGGGGUAAUUUUCUCUCUCUAUAUCUUUCCACUAUAUUUAUCAACUCCAUGUUGGGGCUUUUGUAUUUCUUGUGUAAAUUAUUAUUAUUAGGCCUGGUUCUGGGGUGAUAGAGAUCUCGAUGAAGAUGAGUGACAUCUUAAUUAUAAAGGGAGUGCCCGUUGCGCGAUUUCUGUGCUAUAGAUAAUCCAUUCAGAAUUGUAUAAACUUGUUUUUCAUGCUUCUAAUACCAACGGCCACAUACACCCUGCAACGUUUCGGGAAUUACAUCAGCAUAUAAAUGCGGGAUUCACUCUUGAAAUAGCUUUGAUUGACAUAUUGAUAGCCAUAGUUAAUUCCUGAAUAAAGCAGACUUUUGGACUGAAAUGGUUGAUUAGUCUGCUGACUGACAGACUCUCUCAUAAAAGUAAACAUUCAAACAUAAAAACAUUCAAAAGUAAUUUCUGUUCACAAAGCCUGCAUUGAUUUGAUCCAAAAUACAGUAAUAGAAGCCUGUUCUUUUAUGUUAGCCUGUUUUUAAUAAAUAGUAUAUAGGUAUGCAUAUUAUGAUCAAAUAUAUUGUGUAUAAUUGUAUAUUGCGAGACUAACCCCCACCCCCACCAAAAAAAGUCUUAUGGUGGGGACACCCCAUAAGACUUGAUUCAAUUUGAGCACUGGUUUUAAAGCAAGGGGAAAAAUGUAUUUGCUUUAUAAUGUCUGUUAUCAGUCUUAUUUCGUUUUUCAAUAAAAGUUUAAUUAUAAAGUUUCAGUAAAAGUAUGUUUAACAUAGGCUGUUUUAUUGUUGUGUUUUUAUUCAAUAUUAAUGAACCACAAACUAAGCAUUCGUUUUAAAGUAGGCCUAAGUGGGAAAGAACAAAGACCUUUUGUUUAUUUGUGUUAUACAAUGCGAGUAUGUCAUGUGAUACGUAUUAUUAGUUUUGGUAAUAAUGAAUAAUGUUAAUAAUACUUUUUGUUUAAGGAAAGGGAAUCAUCUAAAUGUCUAACAUUGAAGAUCAAAAUAAGUUUAUAAUUCACUGGGAACAUUUCCUCACCUGCACAUCUCCGGCUACAACUCGAUUGUUACUUAUAUUUGGGAUAUUUAAAGACGUUUUAUUUUUUAAAACUGGACAAGCUUUUUUGUUAAAGGUUUUAAAUUUCAAAAUUCUAGACUACAUAAGUGAAACUCACCUUUCGAAGUAUACAAUAAAUAGCCUUAUUUGGGGUUUUAUUUAGUUAUUAUAAGCAAAAGAUCAAAUUAAAAAUUGUUUAGCCUGUUAACAGAUUAAUAAAAAAACAAUCGUCCGAUUAUACGAUUAUUAAAAUAAUCGUUAGUUUCAGCCCUAAUUUAUUGUGUAUGUCUGAACAUAAACUUUAUGUACUUUUACUACUUUUGCUCCUUUGUUUCAUUAGUUUUCAGAUUGUUAUUUGUCUUUUCAGAAUUGUGUAUCUGUUACACUGUGAAGCAGUUGGAAAAGUGUUUCUGUAAAAGGAAACCUUUAUGCUUCUGUUAUAGAUGCAAAUCUGAUUGUCACCUUCACAUGAUGUAAAAUAUAACUAAAAUGACUCCAAAGGUAAUAUACAACUUGUCUGCGGAUUUUUUAUUUGUUGUGUGUUUUCUAUAUUGGGGUGGGGAUCAAUACUGAUCUGGCAUACCCCUCAGAAAAUGUGCAGUUUGUGCCCUUGUGUGGUGGAAGAAAUACAUUCUGGAAUCA